AUGGACGACGACUCCGUCAUCGGUGACUGGGAGUCCGAUCGGACCGUUCCGAGCGGCAGGUCUUCCAUCCGUGGCCGGAUGUCAGACGUCACGGAGAACGACAGGCUGAGGGUGUCCGACAUCAUCAGGAGACUGACACCCAACGAAGCCUGCUGCGCCUCUCCUCCCCGGACACGGACGUCGCUCGAUCACGCCGACCCUAGGCCUAAGACCUCGCCCGCGCUGCGCAUCCGGGGCCGGCAGGUCUACCUCGACCUCCUCACGCGGAGGGAGAGGGAUCAGCGCAGGGAGAUCCACGCAGUUAAGGCUCGUAAAUCCGUCUCCAAAUUCCCUCAUUGCGGCCGCAUUCAGGCUGUGCUAAAGCUUAGGUUGCUGCGACGUGGCAUGGAAGGCAUUCCCAUUGAGCCACAAAUACCUAAGCCACGAGUGAACCAAAAAGGCCAAAGCACUACAACAGUGCAUUUCGAGAAAGAGGCAAAAGACAAGACAACAAACGAUGAAGCAAGAAAACAAGACAAAAGGUGUAAUAAUAACGGCAAGAGUUGUCUGAGAGCACAACAAGACAUCAUCCACUACGAAGAAACCACACACAUCAAGCAAGAAACUAGGGUUAACACAGGUGAAGAAACAUCCAAAUCCAAAGAAGUCAAUAAGCAAGACUACGACAACGACAACAACGGUGAUGGUGAUGGUGGUGAUCAAUCAGGAUCCACCACCUGCAGUAACCAUCUGCAGAUGGUGGAGACUGAGGCCUACUGGCUGGCCGAUUUCGCCCAUCCCGAAGGGGGAUGGGAGGAAUCCCAAAUGGGAGAAGAGAUCAACACAGAUUGGAUCGAACAAGUGUCGCGCCCGCGCAGCGACUGGGAGUGUCUGAGGCUGGAGAGGUAUCAAGAGAUGCUUGAUCCGUUUGCAGAGAAUGAAGAGAUUCGUUCACUCCUAUGCAGGAAGAGUGUGUCGAAUUUCCUAACGAGUGAGCUGAAGGACAAGAUAGAUCAACUUAUGAUAUGUCGCAGUCAGGGAGAUCCAAGACAAAACAAUAAAGUGUUUAAGGAAGGAGGAGGAGUUCAUCAAGCAGCAAAAGAUUUUGAUGAAUAUGAUAAAGAAGGUGAGAGGCAACAGUUUGGUGAAUGUAAAGAAUAUGUGGAUGCUUCUGCAGCCACACCUCAUGCUGAUCAUAAUGAGAUGGAUGAGAGUGAGAAGCACAAGUGUGAAGAGCCAAGUGAGGGCUCUUAUCAAGCUGCAUCUCGCUCCACACCAUAUGCUGAGAAUGAGAGUGAGAAGCACAAGUGUGAAGAACCGAGUGAGUGCUCUUUUCAGGCUGCCUCUCCCUCCACACCUCAUUCUUCGACGAACUAUUGCACUCUGGACCUCACCGGUCGGACCUCCACCUUCACUGCUCAUCCUACAUUUGAAAUGGAGAUCAUAUAUGACCUGAGAAGGCACAUGGAGCAGCUGCACCAAGAGAUAUCCGAGCUGCGAAAAUCGAUGAGAUGCUGCACCGAUAUGCAGAUCAAAAUGCACCGCUCCAUCAAGAAGGAUGUUGCGGCUGCUAUCACUCAUCCCGAUGCAAAGAACGGACGACGCCAUCCAGUGAAACGAGGCGCCAGCAAUGGGAGAAGAUGCUGCCUCUGCGGCAAAGUGCAAGUCGACUGCUUGCUGUACCGGUGCGGACACAUGUGCACCUGCUUCGACUGCGCGAACCAGCUCCACUGGAGCGGCCGCGGAUGCCCCGUGUGCAGUGCUCAGAUACUAGACGUCGUCCGCACGCAGUCCAAUUUUUGAAAUCUCUUCAAUCACAAUACAAUACAUACAAACAAUUAACACACACCCUUUUUAUAUGUGAUGGAUCAUCAUUUUCAUCAUCGUUAUAUUUAAUUAUUAACAUCCAAUUCCGUUGUAAUCUUGCCUAGCUCACCUCCACCGAUUCGAUCUAUUUUGUUUGGUGGUGGAUUUUAGUAUGUAGAGACGAAUUUAUAACAAAUGUACAAAAGAAUAUUAUAUAUAUGCAUACAUAUAUG